UCAAUCUCAUUGUACGGUAUAUUUGCCAUAUACAGUAUAUUCAAAACGCUGAAUAAAAAAACGCAGGACAAAAGACGACGGUAUCCGAUUGACAAAUGUGAUUUUAUAACAAAUGAAUAUUGGAGGAAGACAACGAAUUACUAUCGGGUGAGAAUUCGUGCUCUUAUGAACGGAAACUAAUAUCUACACUGCCAUUGCCAGUUUUUAAAGUGAAUGGAAUAAAGUUGGGAUCUAAUACAAACAUGUAAAAUUGUGAUAUAAAUUUCAGACAUACAUCAACAUUCUGUUAAUUUGGAUAAGUUUAUAGAUGUUGAUAUAUUAAAUAUUACAUUAAACACUGAUACAUAUCUGUUACAAUUAGAACAGAUUAAAACGCAACUAUCAAGGCGUUUAUAUAAGGCAAUAAUAUUGUUUUUUGUGUCGUCAUUUGUGACGACACAUUUGCUGUUGUAAUACCCGCUUAAUUGAAGGAACCAAAAAUGUCUGCUGAAACUCCAAGCGAGGAUGGGGAGAUUCACGAUUUAGUGUUGCUGUUUGCUAAUUCAAAGAUACCGCGGGGCUCGGAUGCAUUUCAAACUCUUAUUGACGAUUUCUUGAAACAUGACGAUGACGUCACAGACGCAAAUGAUGAUGUCACUACAUCAGAUUCUAGCGAUUCUUCAACGAAGCCUGAAACAAUUUCGGUGGAGGAUGUUGCUGCAGUGCCAAAAUCAGUAUUGAAAGCUAAGAAAAAAAGUGUGCGAAUGGAAUCACCAAAACAUUUAUCGCACGUGCACUGGCCAGACGAGGAAAAUUCUAAAUUAGCAUCUAGUCCUGGUCAAGAACAGUUACAUCACGCAAGACUUUACAUGAAGACAACGCCAAAGCCAAUUCUUAAACACGAUGAAUCAGUGCUUGUGCCCAGUUCAAAUGAGAAACAUUAUCGAAGGUUUAGCACACCUCCACAUAUAUGAAUUGUUUUAUUCCGUAGAUCUUUUUUGAUAAACUUUUCCAGGAUGAUAACAGGGUAUUGUUUAACGAUUAUGGCAAGAAAGGGCCAUAGAAAAUUAACGCGAAAAUGUUACCGAAAAUUUGUUAUCAUGUACAAGUAUUUCCUAUUUCGGCGAUGCGCCCUUGAUCUUUCUUAUAUUUUUUUUACAGAAAUACCAAAUGACAGGAUUUGAACAUACUUUGUCUUUGCAAUCACGCGUCAAUUGUUACUACUUGUGCGACUACGGUCGAUAAAAACUGUAUUUUACCAAUGGUAAUAUAUGAAUAUAUUGAGAGAUUAUGUGUUUUAUCUGAGGAUAGCAUUUAUCUUUAGCAUCCGCGCAGUCUGAUCAGGAUCCAUGCUGUUCGCUUACAGACCAUACAACAAGUAAAGAAACUGAUAGCGAACAGCAUGGAUCCUGAUCAGACUGCGCGGAUGCGCAGGCUGGUCUGGAUCCAUGCUGGUCGCAAACCCAUUAUUUUGGUUUUGUCGUGACACGGCUCAUUUAUUCUUGUUACCCGCUCACAUGAAUAGUAUGCUAAUAUGAAAUUGAUUAUAAUUUGUUAAUAUUAUUUAAUGUAUUAGGCUUUAAUAUCAAUUGAUUUCAGAUUCAGAUAUUUGUAUGACCGCACAAUUUUACCCUACGAAUAGUAACCUCAAAAACCAUCUAUCUUAUAUAAAAUUAUGAAAGUAAAUAUAAAAAUUUUAAAAGCGAUUGAACCUAAAAUUCGUACCUGAACUUAUUUGUAGUUUUUACGGUUAGUACAUUUUGAUAAUGAUGCCAAUAUUUUUGACAUAUAGAGAAACAAGUAAAAAAAGGCAAUAUUAAAUAAAAUGUUUAUAAAGAGGUGGCGUAUUGUAAAUUAAGUAUUUUAUAUAAAUUAAAUCAGCACAUGAAACAAAACAAAUGUUUUCAUAUGAUUUAGAAAUGGAUAAGAUUUCAUAACAAGGUGAUAUUAAUAUAGUUUUAGCACAAUAUUUACAACUAUAGGUUUUUGCAUAUUUUCUAUUUCCUAUAACGCAGCACUAUGUUGCAUUUUUGUAUAGCCCAUAGUGGAGCCUUAGUACAUGACAUGUUUAUGCAUUUAUUCUAUGAUUUUUCUUCUUCUAUGUAUAUAAGUUAAUGUUAUUUAGUUAGUCAAAUAUUGUAAAAUGUAGAUAUGAAUUUGAAUCAUAUAUCAUCUUCUUUUUUAACUUUAUUUGUUCAUGAAUUCAUGUUUAUAUAUUGUUAAAGUUUUAAUCAUUUUUAUGUAUAAUAAUAUCUGUCGUAAAAUAUCCCUUUUUCUCAGAUAAAAAUGAAGAAAAACCUUUAAAUGAUGUUUCUUGAUAAUUUCUACAUAUAUUCAUCUAAAAGAAAAUAGAAUAACAGAACAUUAAAUAUAAUGUUUUAUAAAAACUGUCUUCCAUUUCAUUAAGGAUAACAGAUUUAUUUUCAUUUUGUAUCUUAGAAAUUCUUUCUUUGGAAACAUUUUUUAAUUUGCAGUACGUACAAUUAAUUUAAUACUUAUCGAUUAAUAAUUUUGUUGAUUACGUAGUCAUACAGGAUUAUGACAAUAAAUAAUAAAGAUUUACAUACGCCUGCAUGCAGUAUGUGCACGCACAGGCAAAUUGUAGAAGUUUAAAUAUAUUGGCGCCAAAACAACAUUCUUUUGUUGCUAUAAUAUUAUAUAGAAACAAGUAACUAUAUAUACAUUGUAGUAACAAGAAAAUUAAUCAGGAAGGGAGCGCUGUAAGCAUGAUAUUACUCAAUGUAUUAUAUGUUAUUUAUAUUUUAUAUUUAAUGUCACUAUGUCUUAUUUACAUAAACAGUUUUAGAUAUCAAAUAAAUAUUAUUUUACUUCAA